AUGGCAAAUGAAUUUUUCAAUCAAAUAUGGUUAAGUGCUCAAAGCGAUAUUGAAGAUUUACAAUUAACAGAUAUUUAUUUGCAAGAAAAUCAAAAUCCAUUAAAUAAGGAUAUUGCUCUGAAACAAAUAUUGCCAGUCUAUUUAAGAUAUCGAAAUAUCGUUAAUCGACUAAUUUUAUGCUGUGACCGGAUCGUUCAAAGUCAGAAGAGAGAAUUGGUCAAACGUUUACUCAACUGUUGUAUUGGACGUAUGCUUGAAUAUAAAAGAGAAAUUGUGAAAUUAAACUGUUCAGAAUACGAAUGGCCAGAUGAUCUUUUAAUUAAAAUGAAAUGGACACCAGAUGAUGUUGGAGUAUCUUCACCGUCCAGUUAUAUUUCUGAUCGCAAUGAUCAAUUAAAAGAGCGUAGAAAUUUUAUUGAUAGUUUAAUAAAGUUAACUGAAGAUUCUGAAUUAGCUGAGAAAGUUGAAAGUAAUAACAGCAAUUUACAGAAUAAUUUAAUAUUAACUAACUUAAAGGUAACACAGUCUCAGAUAGAAAACUUGGACGAAACAUUUGAGGAAAAAUUCAAGAGAGCUAUUUUGACAAUUCAAAAUCAUGAAAGAGCAAGAAUUGCUCGUAAAAUUGCUAUUCAAAUUGAAAUGGAGAAUGAGUACAGGAGGAAACUACGUACUGGAGAAAUAGAAUUUAAAGAUGUUAAAAAAGAAACAAUGCGUAGAGCUGCAAUAACGAUACAGAGAUAUUGGAGAGGAUAUCUAGCACGAAAAAAACUAAAAAAUCAUUUAAAUAAAGUUGAAGAAUUAUUAGACAUGAGUAUCCCUAGCAAGAAAGAUGAUAGUAUUUUUCUGGAGGAUAAUAAAAAUUUACAAAUAAUAUCAGUAUUACAAUCAAAAGCGUUAGAUCAAUUACAAAAAGAAAUUAAUCGAGAAGAAUCUCAAAUCACUAAAAAUAAACGAUUAUCAAUAAUAGAAGAUACAAUUGAUGAAAUUCGUGAAUGGUUGGCAUUUUGGUAUAACGAAGUGGGUUAUUUCGGAAUCUAUCCUUCAUCAAAAGAAGGAGGUUCAGUAUUGAUAACCACAGAAAAUGUAUUAACACCACAAGAAUUUGUUGCUCAACUAUCGGAAAAAAAUCAAGAAGAUAAAAGAAAUUUAGGAGAUAAAAAAAAAUCGAAAGAACAAAAAAAGAAAAAUAUUGAUACUUGGGUGAUGCCAAAAUCAAAGGUUCUGGAAGUUCUUUUCCAAGUAAAUCAAGAGUUUAAUGAUAACUGGAGGAAUCAAGUCAACACACACGCUUUUAAUCGAGAGAUAAAUAUUGAUUUGGUAAAACAACAAAUUUAUUUCAAGCUUCAUAAAGAAGUGCGGACUAUUGUUGAUGAUUUGAUGAUACUUGAAUUAAAGAAACUCAAUGCUGCUUUAAAAAAAGACCACAAGAAAGAUAAAGAAAAAUUUGAAAUUCCUGGAAUGAAAAAAGUUGCAUCUACUGAUGAAUUAAAUAAAAUUUUAACUGAAUUAGUGUUCUCAAAAAUAAUUAAAAACUAUAAAGAAGUUAAACUGAACCAAUGGAUAGGAGAUACCUCCUUUAAGAGUCACGAGAUUAAAAGUGACAAUAAAAACUAUCAGUAUCAAUUAGGUGACAUCAAACAAGCGAUCUUAGAUUACUGCGUUCUUCCAUUAGGGUCUAAAGAUGUACAUUCCAUAGCUCCUUUAGUCAGAUCAAUCUGCAUUGUCGGACAGCCUUUUUCAGGUAAAAAAUUUCUUGCUCAUGCUAUAUGCAGUGAAGUUGGUGCUCUUUUAUUUGAUUUAACACCAGCUACUUUAGCUGAUAAAUAUGAAGGAAAAGCAAAUGAAGCAAAAUUGAUGAAGAUGAUAAAGACGUUGGCAAAAGCUUAUCCACCAGCCGUUAUUCUUAUUGAUGGUGGAGAUAAGCCAUGGUGGAAGAAAAUACCUCCAGAGGAGAAAUCAACACAACCAAAAAGAUUCGCACAAUGGUUAAAAAAGUUUAUAAAAUCAAUAAAACCAGGUGACCAGAUACUUGUUGUGGGACUUGCCUCAGAACCCUGGAAGUCGAAAAAAACUUUUUACAAGAUCUACGACAAAUUUAUCAUUAUACCGUUAUCAGACUACAAUUCUCUACAUUUAUUUUAUAACAAACUUCUCAUGAAAUAUCAUGGAAUUGACAGGAAUAUUGAUAUUUCCUCUCUGGCAAGAGCUACAAUUGGAUAUCCAUUGGGUUUAAUUCAUGAAGCUGUUGAAAAUGUUUUAAAUAUAAACCGUCGAAUGACUCUUAAGUUUCAACCUCUGCGUGGUGAAGAAAUUUUAACUGAAUUAAUGAAGUGGGAGAGUCCUUCUCAAAAAGAUAUUAAAUUAUUUCAAAAAUUUGAAAAUAAAACUCCACUUGGGAAGAAGAGAAUUAAAAUGUUGAAGCAAUCUAGUUAAAGUGAUAUUUUUAAUUUUUAAUAUUUUAGCACAGACUAUAAUUGCUUCACAAAUUUCUUCAAAAGUUAUC